AUGGCCGCAUUGUUAAUAAGUGUAGCAGCUACUCUUACUAAAAACACGAAGCAAGUGAUUUUUCCGGGAUUUGAAGCAUGUAAACUGUUUCUGUACUUUAGCUAUGUAUCUACAAGCAUUUCAUUAUAUCUUCUGUGUGUUAUCGCCAUACAACGAUAUUUAAAAAUAUGUAGACCCUUUGGUCGACAAAUGAAUUUGGUUUGGAAGCGUUGUUCUGUUUUAAUUUGCACAUUGGUAUCAGUUAUUUUGUUUAUACCAGUGCUGUUUUACUAUGGACUGGUUGAAAUUAGAAACCCGAAUCUUGGUAAUAUUACCGGUAACCAGUGCAGUAAUCUCCCUGGUUCCCCGACAAAACUUAAACUGCUGAAGAUUUUCCAAGGACUGGAGGUUUUUGCCACAUUUUGCAAUGUUAGUGUUAUAACAAUAUUGUACAUAUUAAUAACAAAUGCAAUAGUUAAGCAAACAAGUAAAAUGAAAACAGUCCAAACGAAAGUAGAAAACUCUAAUGUUGCAACAGCAGGCAGAUCAGAAACACGAGAAAUGGAAACCAGAAUAGACACCUCUCCUCGAGUUACCGGAGGAAAGAAAAUUCUUUCCACUUAUUCUGAUCCACGAAAAUCUGCUUUCAGAAUAUCGUUCAUGUUCAUGACUAUUACAAUUGUCGGAUUUCUUGCAUACUUGCCAUCUUGGACAUUUAUAUUGAUAGAAACGAACAACCCAACCUUUUGGAAAAACCUUUCUACUGUUUCGUUCCACAUCUGCCUAGCGUUACGGAGAAUGUAUAUGGUAAAUCAUUUAUGCAAUCCUUUUAUAUAUGGAGUGUUCGAUAAGGCUUUCCGGGAAGAGGUGAAGAAAUUGUUUGGCAAACAUGUUUAAGAGUCUUCUUUUGAGACAGAUUGAAAUAAGCAAUGUUGC